AAUACAGACACGAAAGUACAUCAAACCAAGCAAUUGUCAGGCUGGCAAUCCUCCUUAUACUUGGUUAUCUCAUCUGGCUAGACUACCUUAAUAUUUGCUUAUAUAUACGCAUACUUCUCCAGACUGAGAGGUAACAAAAUCAUAUGAUUAGGUAAUUUCAUCCAGAUUAAUAUUCUCUAACCAACCUCAGGUUGUGAAACUUUGGCAUGGAGUGGAACUGGAAUUAUGUUACUUGCUCGAUAUUGAUUAGUCUGAUUUCAGUUGUUUGGUACUCGAAGAGAAAGAAUAGUUACGCACGUUCCAAUCUCCCUCCUGGUCCGAGGGGAUGGCCAAUUUUUGGCAAUUUUUUCGAUCUUGGAAAAUUGCCACACAGGAGUCUAGAGAAGCUUAGAGACCGAUACGGUCCUGUUGUGUGGUUAAAUCUCGGCCCUGCCAAGACUAUGGUGGUUCUUUCUUCUGGCGCGGCAGAAGAGCUGUAUAAGAACAAUGAUCUCUCAUUUGCUGACAGGUUCCAGAAUGAUGCCAUGACGUCACAUGACUACUACAAGAGUUCAAUGGCUAUAGGUUUAUAUUCUAGCUACUGGCGCAUAUUGAAACGUUUAUGCACUAUUGAGCUCUUUACUAUUAAGAGAAUCAACGAAGCAGCUUCGAUUCGAAGAAAAUGUGUAGAUGACAUGGUGUCAUGGAUAGAGAAGGAAGCGGAAAAAGGUGAGAGUGGUGGGAUUGAAGUAGUAAAUUUUGUGUUUUCAGCAAUAUUCAACAUCGUUGGGAAUCUGACGGUCUCUCGAGACUUGGUGGAUCCACAGUCCACCAUGUCCUCCGAAUUUAAUAACAGUUUGUCAAGCUUGCAGGAGUGUAUGCUCCGUCUCAACAUUUCCGAUUUACUUCCCUGGCUUCGUAGGUUUGACAUCCAGGGAAUAAGAAAAGAUAUGGAUGAGUGCCUCGGGAAAGCCAUUGAAAUCAUGACAGGAUUUGUAAAGGAGCGCAAGGAACAGAGGCGACGAAAGCAACUAGACGUGUCAUCGGAGCAGAGGAAGGACUUCUUGGAUGUGUUGUUAGAUUACAGGGGCACUUCCAAGGAUGAACCUGUUAAACUAACAGAUCACCAACUCACAAUUUUCCUUAUGGAAAUGUUUAUUGCUGGAACACAUACAUCAAGCGCGACAGCUGAGUGGGCAAUGUCCGAGCUCUUAAUAAAUCCUGAUAAACUCCAAAAGGUUAAAGAUGAGCUUGCUAGAGUGAUUGGUGGAAACAGGAAACUCGAAGAGAGUGACCUUGAUAAUCUUCCUUACUUACAAGCAACUGUGGAGGAAACACUACGCCUGCAUCCUCCAGGUCCACUUACGCUUCCAAGAAGGGCAAUGCAUGACACCAAGUUCAUGGGCUACAAUAUACCUAAAGGCACCCAAGUUUUUGUGAAUGCAUGGGCAAUCGGAAGAGACAAAGAAAAUUGGGAGGAUCCACUCUCUUUUAAACCCGAAAGAUUCCUCAACUCGAGUAUCAACUACAAGGGUCAGAGCUUCGAGUUUAUACCAUUUGGAGGUGGGAGAAGAAUUUGCCCUGGCCUUCCUCUAGCUCAUCGCAUGCUGCCCCUGCUUUUGGGCACGUUGCUGCAUCAUUUUGACUGGAAGCUUUGUGAUGGUAAGCCCCAAAUAGACAUGAUGGAAACAAUGGGGCUAGGAACAAGAAAAGAAAAACCCUUGAUGGCAGUUCCAAAACGAAGAAAGACUCUGCAAUAAAUCACUUGUUGAAAUAAAACUUUACAAAUAGUAUUAAUAUAAUUAUUAAUAUUAAUAUUAUUAAGGUAAAAGUUAUAUUCCCAAAAAUAUUAUCUGAAAAAUAAAAGUACGAGCUAGCUAUAUGGGAUUGGAGUUUCGCAUAGAUUUGUAAUCUCUUGUAAUCUCAGCUCCGAUUUAUUAUAAUAAAAUUUUCUAUUUUAAGGUAAAUACAAA